AGGCACAGUGGCGCCGCACACCCCCGCCCUCACGUUCACUUUGCCUCCCAGUAUUAACACCCGCCUUCGUCAUCCUUCAGCUCCUGCUUCUGGUUAGUUGGUUACCUUGGUUGCCCUCUCGAAGUACGAAUCCAUCGACCCCGACGAAAGCCAGACAGCUCUUGCUGUUGCUACCUGCAUUUUUACACCACAUUCCGCAUGACCGUCUCGCCCGUCAUGCCGACGCUAAAGUACGAGCACCAUGUCGUCGAACAGUACAUCAACCCUUCCACCUGGGCUUUUGUCGAGAGUAAAUUCAGCCCCCUCGCAAAGGAACUGCUGACCAAGGUCGUCCACUUCAUCCAUGACGAGUGCUUGCCCGCCGAAGAGCUGUUCCACGCACAGAUUGAGAAGGACCCAUCGCUGCGAUGGAAGGUCUACCCGGCCAUAAUCGAGGGGCUCAAGAAAAAGGCCAGGGCGCAGGGGAUCUGGAACUUGUUCCUCUCCAAGGAAAAGUAUCCAGACGUUGGCGUCCCUCUGACCAACCUCGAGUACGCCAUCAUGGCAGAGAUGACGGGCCGCUCGCAUCACUUUGCAAGCGAGGCGCUCAACUGCAGCGCACCAGACACUGGCAACAUGGAGGUCCUCGCCAAGUAUGGAAACCAGCAGCAGAAGGACACCUGGCUCAGGCCCCUUCUCAAUGGUGAAAUCCGAUCUGCCUUUGCCAUGACUGAGCGCUUCAUCGCUUCAUCCGACGCCACCAACAUCCGCACCGACAUUCGGCAGGAGGGCAACGAGAUCGUCAUCAACGGGCACAAGUGGUGGAUCUCGGGUGCGGGUGACCCGCGCUGCAAGGUGCAUCUACUGAUGGGCAAAUCGGAUCCGAACAACAGCAACAAGUACGCGCAGCAGUCGAUGGUUAUCAUCCCUGCGGACACGCCCGGCGUCAAGGUGGUGCGUCCGAUGCAGGUGUUCGGGUAUGACGAUGCGCCCGAGGGUCACUGCGAGGUCAUCUACGAGAAUGUGCGCGUGCCGAUCGGCAACCUGAUCAAGGGCUGGGGACGCGGCUUUGAGAUAAUCCAGGGUCGUCUGGGCCCGGGCCGGAUUCACCACUGCAUGCGCUCGCUUGGCACGGCGGAGCGCGCGCUGGAACUCAUGCUGACGCGCGCGACUGACAAGCGCAAGGUCGCCUUCGGGAAGACGCUCAGCGAGCACGGCACGAUCGUCGCGGGCAUCGCGCAGAGCCGCAUCGACAUUGAGAAGGCGCGCCUGCUCGUGCUCAUGGCCGCGCAUAAGAUCGACGUCACCGACGCCAAGGGCGCGCUGCGCGACAUUGCCAUGAGCAAGGUCGCCGUCGUCAAAGCCGCGCUCGAUGUCGUUGACCGCGCCAUGCAGGCACACGGCGCAGAAGGAAUCAGCCAGGACACGCCGCUCGCCGCCAUGUGGUCUGGCCUACGGACGCUCAGGUACGCCGACGGGCCGGACGAGGUGCACCUCCAGCAGCUGGGGAAGAUCGAGCUUCGCCGGGCCGAAGACCUCUGGAAGCGCCAGAUCGCGCGCGAAGAGAAGAGCGUGCAGCUGCUCAAGGCACAUGGCAUCAAAUCGCAUUUGUAACAUGCCAAACCAGAAAAUUGCACGGCUCGGAAUGAAUUUGCAACAUGUAGAUGCCAUCCCUCUUCUCGCCCCGUGCUGC